CAUGCGCACAUGCACGGCGACAAGGCAGGCUGGUCGCGGGUGGGAGAGUGCGUCGGAAAGUUGGCGACCUCCACAGCGUCACCUGUGCAAAUCGAAAGGCAGAGAUGCGGUGGCGCUUAACGCGACCUCGUCGCCAGUGGAAUUGAAGCAAUUUCUUUGACCGGUCGUCUUGAGAUGGGCGGCAUUUCGCACGGAAGGAACGAGGCGGCAUUCAUUCAAGGUGUUUGCGCAAUUGUCUCAAAGGGGAAUUGGUGUACCCUGUGGAUCCCCCGUGUCAGCGAUCGCUUCACCACCUCCAAUGUGCACCAGAUCCUGCUUCAGCUGUCCGCCGACACCGGCCUCUCCUGGAAUUUCUUCAAGCGGGCGCAGUCUCUUCCCCACUACCACCAUUCCCUCCCAACCAACUUCACCAUGGUACACCUCCUCACCAGGAGCAGGCGAUUCCAAGAAGCGCGGAACUUGCUCCAGAAGUUCGCGUUUAAGGGGUUCCUCUCGUCGCCGACGGUGUUGAGUGCGUUGCUGAGCGAUCAUGGCGAUCAAGACUCGAAUUCGCAGAUCCUGAGUUGGCUGGUGUUCAUCUACUCCCGGUCGAACAAGACGCAUGAUGCAAUCCAGAUACUUGAGCUGAUGAAAUCUCGUGGACUGAGGCUUGAUCCACAUGCUUGCAGUGCCCUCUUGAGCGCGCUAGCCAAGGCAAGACUGACAGCCACAGCUUGGAAUGUAUACGACGACAUCCUCCGCAUGGGGGUUGUUGCCAAUGUCCACAUUCUCAAUGUCAUGAUCCAUGUUUGUUUCAAGUCGGGUGACACUGAGAAGGCUGAGAAGUUGGUCAGUGAGAUGGAUGGGAAGGUGGUACGUCCUGAUUUGUUCACCUACAACACCUUGAUCUCAUUAUAUUGCAAGAAGGGCAUGCACUAUGAGGCUUUGGCUGUUCAGGAGAGAAUGGAGAAAGAAGGAAUUCAUCCCGAUAUUGUAACUUAUAAUUCUCUUAUCUAUGGAUUCUGUAAAGACGGUAGAAUGAGGGAAGCCUCGAGGCUUUUUAAGGAAAUCAAAGGUGCAGCUCCAAACCAAGUGACCUACACUACUCUUAUUGAUGGCUACUGCAGAGUUAAUGACCUCGAUGAAGGGCUUAGAUUGCGUGAAGAGAUGGAGGCAAAAGGACUGUAUCCUGGGGUGGCUACAUAUAAUGCAAUCAUCCGUAAGCUAUGUGAAGAAGGCAAAAUGAGGGCUGUUAAUGAUCUCCUGAAUGAGAUGGAUGAUCGAAGGGUUCAACCUGAUAAUGUCACGUGCAACACCUUGAUUAAUGCAUAUUGCAAGAGAGGAAAUAUGGAUUUUGCAUGGAAGCUUAGGAACAAGAUGUUGGAAUCAGGGCAAGUGCUAGACCAGUUUACGUACAAGGCCCUAAUACAUGGAUUCUGCAAGGUUCAGGAACUAGACGAGGCUAAGGAAGUCCUCCUAGACAUGCUGGAUGCAGGUUUUGCACCAAACUACAGUACCUACUCAUGGCUUGUAGAUAGUUACUGCAGCCUGAACAAUGUGGAGGCCGUGCUAAGCAUCCCAGAUGAGAUAGCACAUAGAGGUCUUUCUGUGGAUAAGUCGUUAUAUAGAGCUCUAAUAAGAAGGCUAUGCAAACGAGGUUUAGUUGAUUUUGCACAGAAGGCAUUCAACAAAAUGCUAGAAAAAGGUUUAUUAGGUGAUAGUCUUGUGUAUGCUAGUCUUGCAUAUGCUUACUUGAGCACAGGAAAGCGGAUCGCAGCUUGUGAGAUACUAAAUGAAAUGGUUAAGAAGCAAUUGAUAAUAACGGCUAAAAUUUACAAGUCACUCUGUGCUUCACUUGCAAAUGAUAGUGGCAUUCUAGAUUUACUCUGGAGCCAUGCCAUUGAGAGAGGUCUGAUUGCUAGGAAUGUCUACAAAUUGAUGCAAGAAGCCAAGCUAAACUCUCAGAAUGAUACUUUGAAUAUGUCAAGUCCAUUUUGAUGAAAAAAAACACUGUUCAUUUCAAUUAUAUGAUCUGGUGAUAUUAUUUGGCAAAGUGACAAAAGUCUUCAUAUUGGGAAUGAUGCUUCAACAAUAUGCUGAACAAACAGAUGCCAAAAUAUAGAGGUACAUAUUCUUUUUUAAUUAUUAACAUUUUGUGUUGUCUCCAGACCACAUUUCUGUUUCCCUUUGAGUCUAUAGAUUUCAGGUUCACAACAACAGGGGAACCUGAAAAGUUACUCCAUGGACUGACAGUCGAUCAAGUUGAAUGUUCACUCAACUUGAGUGAGUCAAAGUUUCCAACGUUUGCCGUCUUGAGUGCUCAAACCAUGAAUACUCGAGGACAUUGAAAUAAUAUGCUAUCCAUUUGGUGUGCUAUAUAUUAUAUAUAUUUUUUAAAUAUUUGAUAAAAUGCAGAUGAUCAUCCUGUGUAUAAAGCUUAUGUGAAAUGGUAGCAAUUGAAUUUUAUCUCAUUAUGCAUUGUAACCUAUUGGACAUUUUGAUCAACCUAGACAUAUGCUAGGUAUUGAAGAUAGGGCAUCCCUUUCAGGCAUCAUGAGGCCAAGUUAAAAAAGGUAAAAUAUGUUAUUUCGGCUAAAAGAAAGUUUGCCAGAUGUACAAAGAAAAAAAGAAAGAAAAAGACAAUAAUAUACACAAUCAACAUGCCAUUUCAUAGGGAUUUGUCAAAGUGUAGUAUGACCAAAAUUGUGAUGUAAUUUCCUUGAAUGUCUUGGUUGCAUGGAUGUACUUUCUUCUUAUGAUAUUUGUUUGCUUCUUUGAAUUGAAUCUUGUUGAAUUUUCACAUUGACUGUGCUAUAAUAAUAAUAAUAAUACUAAUAAUAAUAAUAAUAAUAAUAAUAAUUAUUAUUAUUAUUAUCUCCAUUUCCCUAUGUAUUACUGUUUGCAUUAGGCUCACACAUUGUGCUCAUGAGGAAUAAAAGACCUGACUUGUGGUAUAAGGAUGUUUAUGGUCCCAGCUACCUGGACCAAAGUAUACUGAACUUCAUUUAUCAUGUUUCCUUUCUUGUGUAAGUUUAUUUCCUUUGUAGUUCCAUUUUUCAGUUUAUCUGAAAACAUUUAGGAGACCAUUGUGAAUGCAAUUUGAGAUUGCAUAUUUGUUUUCAUGUCUUAAAGGUCCAGUGUAACUAUUAGCCCUAGCAUUAUGAAAAACUUGUUCAAUACUCCGUUGUGAGCGAAAUAGUAGUCGGAAUAAUUGUAUAUGGACCCAUAAGCUGAAUACAAAGCACAAUGUUAGCAGCAUAAACAGGAUACAUACAUGGGGCAUUAGGGAUAAACUACAAUUUGUCUUUAAACUUUGGAGCAAAGUUCACUUGGAUUCCAAAUCAAUAGUUGGCAUAUGACUUUUAAACCUAUAAUCAUUGUAGCUAAUCCCAGAUACUUUUAGGGCUAUCCACUGAUUUCAGUCAGUACAAAGUUUUGUCAUAUUUGUAUCCUUCUCCUUGCUGUCUGAACCAUUGUAUUUGUUAAAUUACACUCCAUCAUAAUUGUAUGAUUAAUUAAAAUCCUAGAAUGGAAUUAAAAAUACAGGAACAAAACAUGCUUGAAUUGGCUAUUUUAUCUGUCUUGAGAGUUUUAUGUCAUAUAUUUUUCAGCAUAGUUAUGAGGAGUUAUUUUAUGCUCUGAUCUCUGUGGAAAUUUUUAUAACAGGAUGUGGUCAUCCAUAAACUUUUUCUUUUUUCCAGAGUACUUCAUAUUAACCUCUUUGUCUAGUAAUUGGUUUUGAGAGGCUGCACAUGACUCAUGCAUUCUAAAUCCUUGAUCAACAACUAGUUCUUACUUGAAACAACAAUGCAGUAGGAAACAAUUUUUUUUCUUUGCUGAAUAGUUUUGCCAAGAAGUUACCAACAAUUGCCAGUUGAUUAUUACUAUGUGCUUGGAUCACUGAUCAUGGCCUUAAUCAGAUCUUUGCAAGUUUCUUUUUUUCUCAAAAAAAAAAACCAGAACAAAAUAUUUUUUUUAUUUUUAAGUUUCAGAAAAACAAGAGUGCUGAGAGUUGUGGUGUUAAAUUAAUGCAAGGUUUUAAAUUUUGUGUAUCUUGUGUUGAUAUAAAUCAUAUAUUAAUGAACUUAUAAUGUGUAAUUAGGUCCUUAAACACUUUAUUAAUCAAUAGCAAAGUACAGGAGCAGUUGCUCCACAUCAUACCUCACAAUUCUCAAACAUAAUAGAUAAUGCUUACACACUUGGUAUCAUCACAUAAUACUGAUCAAUCUUUUUAUGUAGACUAAGAUUCUAUGCUGCAUGAGCUGCUGCUGCUGCUACUGCUGUCAACAGCAACACCAUGCCACCUUAUUCAUACUAAACCCCCUUCUCCGUCCUUCAGUGUCUCCUCCUCUCUUCUUCCUCGUAUGAUCUCACGCUCUCACCUCCUGCAGACUAUCCCAUAUCCAUGGCUCAUCUUGCUGGUGCAGUCGAAGGAAGCAGCAGAAGCGUCGACCACCUCAGGCGCCGCCGGCACCUCCGACGAGAAGAUGCAGCGCUUGCAGUCGGUGGCCAGCAGAGAGGAGGUGAAGUAGCGGUCCUCGCCGCCCAUGAUCGGCAUCGGCACCCCCCUCUUCACCGGAUUCUGGAAGUUGGGCUGGUAAGUCUGCCCCAGCACGCCCUCCACCCGCUCCGACAGCCCAAAGAACUUGAACUGCACGUCCAAGUGGGCGAAGCAGUCGUCGGCGGGAACGUUGUACUUGUGGAUCCUGUCGUCCUCUUUUGUCACGGGGACGACCGUCGCCCUGAUCUCGAACGUCCCGGGGAGGACCACGAUCACGCUGUUGACGGAGGCGGUGCGCUCCACGAGGAGGUCGCCUGCGGCAGGCGAGGACCAGGAGGAGAGGUGGCCGAUGCCCAGGUCGAAGGGCUCGCCGUCGAAGGCGAAGGAGAGGUGGUCGGCGCUGCGGUCCCAGGCGGCAGCGGGGGUGGCGGAGACGGUGACGGUGUGCUUGCCGAAGAGGAUGCCGAGGGACUGGAUCCACGUGUAGUCGUGUCGGCGGCCGGCGGGGCGGAGGCCGAUGAAGCGGGCAUUGAUUUGGAAGCCGGCGUCGGAGACGAGCGUGAAGUGCUGGUUCGCCUUGCCGCGGAAGUAGAACACGAUGCCAUCGCCGCCGACGAACCUCGGGUCCUUGCACCCUGAACCAGGCAGGUUGCAGUCCGGCUUCCUGGCUGCAUACCCAACGAGAGGAGAUCAGGUCAGCAUCCAAAGUGGUACAACUAUGCAUGUAGUGCUAAUGCGCUUACUUCCACAGACAGCCUCGCAGGUGGGAUUGUUGCAGUCGAUGAAGCAAGCCUUCUCAUUGGGGUUGGCCGGCCGGAAGGACGGGCACUGAUCGGGGCAGGUGAUGUUGGCGCCGAAGCAGUCGCUGUUGGGGCUGUUGCAGAUGAACUCGUCCGGGGGGAACUUCUUUCCGGCCACUCUCGACGGCGGUUGAGCCGGCGGCGUGGGGUUGCCGUAUAGGUCGGCGUGGCCUCGAGCCACGAAAGCCAACAGCAGAGCGAGGAGGAGAGGAGCCGUUGAGCUGCUCAUGGUCUCGUGCAGAGCUGCACACGCCACUUGCAGAGAGGAGCUGAGGAGUAACUCGUUCAGGUAUCGCCUCCAUUUAUAGCAAGUGGGCGGGUGAAGAGAACUCGGAAGUCAAUGGAGUUAAUUGCAGUCGGUGCUUGGUGAUUAGUGCUGGGGAUAUCUUUCUACCUCUAAUCAUAGUGAUUCGAGUGCACUUAAUGAUCUCACAUGCACCGGAUGGGAUGCUCGUGAUAAAGAGUGACCUGAGCACAGUGAGCUUACUGAUGCAAUGAAGCACAUGGUGCAUACAGAUUUAAGCUAAGGAUUGGCUGUAUCAGCUGCAAUUUCUUCUCCUCUUUGAUCAACUCAGGAAGGACUGGUGGUGGACUAAGCAUCAGCAAGAACUGAAAGUUUCUCUCUGUCGAGUUGAUAUCCCAUGAUAAUUCUUGAAGGGCAUUUCCUACUCAGAAAGCUUAUGAUGAGCUUAUAUUAAUGCUGGCUUCAAAGUCUUCGAUGUUAUAUGGAAAGCUGGGGAAGCUUCAGGGACUGAGAUAGAAAAUAGCUGCUGUGUUAGCUGAUGCCUCGUGGGAGCAGACAAUGCUUUGGAUUCCAGUGCAGAGGAAGUUGGGGGGAAGAGCUCACACAGUGGCCUCAGUUUUCUAUUCAUUCUCUCUCCAUCACGAAGCACUGGACUGAUCUGGGGAUCUCACCCUCCCUCCGUUCUACAGCUUGACUUUGUUUAUUCCCUUCAAUGAAGUCAAAAACCUUCCAUGAAUUUUUACCAUUGCUCAUGGCUAGCUGGUUAUGUGUGCUGUCAGAAUAGAUUGCCUUUGCUUCUGCAUCGAGUGGUAGUGUCUAA